AUGGCUGCAAUUGAAAAGACCGAUCACGAUGUCGUGCAUUCGGAAGACAUCGAAACCCACUCACCAACCAACUCCACCGUGGUUGAUGAGACCAAGGCAGAAUACGAGGGUGUGAGAGACGAACGGACAACUCCCAAAGCAUGGCUGUGCAUCUUCUUCCUGGUUAUGACCUUUGGAUCACCAUUCUGGGCAACUCCUACAACGGCUGCGAUGUCUUCCCAGCUACUGACACAGUUGGGCCAAGUUGAACUGUCAGCUUGGGUUGUCCCUUGCAUCACCACCUGCGCCACCAUUAGCAUUCUCAUUUUCGGCGCCAACAGCGAUCUAUUUGGCCGCAGGUACUUCCUACUAUCCGCCAAUCUAGUGACUGCUGUAGGAUACAUCGUGUGCGCGUGCGCUCACAACACGAGCAUGUUGAUCGCCGGACUCAGUCUUAACGGUUUCGGAUCCGGCAUGGCGGGUGUUGCCCUGAUCGCUGUACCGGAACUGAUUCCCAACAAAUACCGGCACAUUGGCGUGGUUCUCGCAGAUGGCUUUGUAUACGUUAUGAUUAUCAUCGGGCCCGUGGUAGGUCGCUAUGCAAUCAUAAGGAGCGACCAUAGGUGGCAAUAUGUCUACUGGGGAGGCUUCGUUUUCACCAUGGUGGCUUUUACUGGGCUGUUCAUAUUUUAUCAGCCACCAAAGCAUCCCCGAGGAGUUCCGUGGAGAGAGGCCGUACGCGGUUUGGACUGGGUUGGAGCCAUUCUCUUCACCAUCGGGGCCAUUCUUGUUCUCGUAGGCAUGGUCUACACAAGCUACAUCCCCGCCACUGACAAGCGGGUCAUUAUCUGCCUCGUUGUUGGAUUUGGCCUCAUCAUUGCUUUCGGACUUUGGGAACGUUUUUCCAGUGUGCGAUUCCCUCUUUGUCCCGAGGAGAUCUUCUCAAGUCACAAAGGUCGCGAAUUUGCGGUGCCGUUCUGCUUAACUUUCAUCAUCGUUGGGUUCUUCUACGGCACGGCAGUCAUAUACCCCACGAUGCUCAACGCCUUCUAUAUCGAUGCAAAUACGUCGAUAUCCACCCAACUGCUACUAACCCUCCCAGCCAACUUGGCACUCCCACUUGGAGCAAUGCUUUUAGUUAUUUUUGGCAGGAAAAUCGGGCACUGGAAAAUCACCAUGAUCGCUUCAACCUUUUCACUAGUCCUCUUUGGCACCCUCCUCGCCAUGAUGACUCCCUACAACAAAGUCACGAUGAUCACCUUCGUGACCCUAAGCCAACUCUCCUACGGCUGGGCAGCUUACCUUUCCGUCACCUACACCCAACUCGGCGUCCCCCAGACCAUGCUGGGCCUUUCGGGUGGUCUGGCAGGAACAGCGCGGUACGCCGGUGGCGCUGUCGCGAGCGCUUGCUACUCCUCCGCGAUAUCGAACGGCAUCGCUAAGAAGGGUGCGGAGCUGAUUCCCAAGGCCGCUCUCGCAGCUGGAAUUCCACAAUCGUCGAUGGCGGCUGUCUCUGCUGCCGCUAGCCUGGGAGCUGCCGCUCUUGAGAAGAUUCCGGGGGUUACGCCUCAGGGCGCCGAAAUGGUUGGGACGGCGUAUAAAUAUGCUGUGGCGUAUGGACUGAGAAAUGCUGCUUUGGCUUCGAUGGCCUUUGGGGUUGUUGGUAUCAUCCUGGCUUGUUUCAAUGAGGAUAUUGGGCCGAAAAUGAAUGAAAAAAUCGAGACCUUCUUGGAGAACGAUGCGUUGGCUGAGAAGAAUAAGUUCCAUUAGCAAAGUUUGCUUUGGUUGCAGUGAGUGGUAUCGUCCUUUCGAGGCAAGAGCCUAUAUUGUUAUCGUGGGGUAAUGUGAUGGGAAAUGUAAGAUGAAUCAAUCACUAUCGCAUCAUACACUACUCCAGAUGCACAAUGUAUCCGUCUCUGUUCGUGCCCAUUAUUCAGCUAAGAGAAU